AGACGCUUGUGUGCCUGGGUUUGCGGUCAUAAUUCUCCCGCUUCUUGCCCAUCCCAGUUCGCUGGCAGAAAAAAAGACCACAACAAAUUCGAAUCACUGCCACACCGGGCCCUUUCCAGAGCCCUUCAAGUGUUGCCAUACUGAUUUAUCUUUUACAAUUCAAUGUCGAGCCACAAAGCCAACUCUGCUCGAAUCCCAGGUUUUCCUCAACGCGACCGAGUCCAAUAACCACCUUGCCUACGCAAGCUACCCUCUAGACGAGCCACUUAUCGGCACAUCGAAACCAUUUCCACAAGGACGCGACUAUUACGCACUCGCGACACAUCUUCCAUCUAUCACACUCGCCCAACAAUUGCUUCUUGACCCUUCACGGACCUCCACCAACGCUCCAUAGACCUCGUUUAUCCCCUCCUUGAGGCAACAUGACAGCGGCGGCCAGAGAUUCGGUCAUCUGGGCCGAGACCCUCAGAGCGCUCACAAAAGCCGUCAAGAGAAAAGACUACGACUCGGACUCGGACGACUAUAUAGAACACUCAAGCAACAGAGGGCGCAAAUUGAAAAGGCGCGCGCGCUUUGUGCGCCAGGGUCAGUUAGGCCCGCCUAAUGGACCAGCAACCUAUAGAGAGACCGUCGAACAUGCCGGCUACCAACGAACCGUCAUAAGUCGAAACCCGCCCCUCAUUGAUGAGGAUGGCUAUGAGCUCGAUAGCGACGACGAUGAAGAGCGCAUCGCCGAGGUUCAAGCAGCCGCUGCCGAGGACGACCCAUAUUCGGGCAUUCGCAUAGAUGAGAUACUUGCCCCCUUGACUUCGGCCGCCGAUCUAGCCAACCACCCGGCACUCUCGCACCCAUUUCGGUCUUCAGCACUCACCGAGCUUACCACUCAAGGCUUGGGUCUCCUACAUAAAGAGCGGGAAGCGUUGGCAAAUGUUCGACCGCUUUUGACGCGCCUUUGCGGAGACCAUACUUGGGCCUCUUGCGUCAUGAUGCUGGGUCCGAAUGACGAAGAGCUCUUUACCAGCAUGCGCAACGGCAACGGACUGAACAGUCAUUCUAAACCGAACGGGGUCUCUGCAGAGAAUACUCUAGCGCCCUCAUCCCAUACUAAUGGUACAGGAGUGAAGGUGAAUGGACUACAUGCCAAAGUACAAGAGUCUGCGCCUGGCUCAGCGAAGAAAAAUCCAAACUCUACAGAAGAGGAAGAUCCAGACGUGACGAUGGAGGAUAUUGAGCCUCCCAAACAGGAAUCGACAGAAGUAAAUGGUACCAAAGUAUCAAAACCUACCAGCGAAGACGACAAAUCAGCUGAAGAUAAAACUACUGGAGGUGGCAAUCAGGAUGAGCAUUUUGACCCUGACGAGACGAUCGGAGAAGACGAGGCAACAGCUGCUGUAGACGCAGCGGAGCCUAGUGCGAAUGGAAAGCCAGGCCCAGAAGGCCCGGCGAAAUUAUCAGACGGACCCGAAGCCAACGGGAUGGACGUGGACACCCGAGCCGAUCAGCAAUCAGGUCCCGCUCAGGAGGCGGCCAUCAAUGGCUCUCGUGCGGCUUCCACAAUAGUCGACAGCCUCCACGAGGAACCUAUACAUCCUUACUUCAUGGCGCCCCCUUCAGCGUACCCGAAUCGAGAUGCGGGGCUCCCAGAGAGCGAGGCUGAGGAGGUCCGUCGAUUGUUGCAGCUCUACGUACAGAAGCAGGAAGAGGUCUGCCGGGGCACCAAGGACCUUUACGAGGGCCUACUACGAGCGGAUCGCAUGCGGAAGGAGGUGCUGAAGUGGUCCAAGGCCGAGGCGCACUGCGGUGUGAACCGCGACAUGUCGGACGGUGAGGAUUGGUACGAUAAGGAAGAGUGGGGUCUUGUCGAGGAUCUUAAGAAGGGCCAGGACGAGGAGGAAGAGGACACAACGACGAGGGACCAGCCCAAGAAGACAAGGAACCGCAGGUGAUGACUUUCUGUGGGCUGGUGUUCGUUUGUUUUCUUCUCUUGUUUUCGUUUUAUGGUGGUCUUUCUUGGUUGUAAUCACUAUGAUACCAUGUUGCAUCUUCAGGGGUGCACAAUGUCGGCGUUGGGGCUUGGCUUUUGAUUUGCUGGACUUUUUUUUCUACCUUUGGCAGACGUAUAUAGCCUCUUGAUGCGGAGCUGUAAAAGCUGACCUCCU